AUGUCACCUACAUUUAGUCAAGCUCUUCUGGCUGCUGCUUAUAAACAUGUGGAUGAAAAUUUACAUCGCGAAGGUGCACUUGUUCAAUUAGCUGAAGAACCUGAAUUAAAUUUACCAUUUCUAUUACCUGAAGAUGGUUAUACAUGUGGAAAUUUAUGCGGUAUUAUACCACCGCAAUUAUUUGAAUUUAUUGAACCAAUGAGUCGUGCAUCUUUAUGUCAUUUAUUUAUCAAUCCACAUAGUCUUGGAAUGUGGACUGAAUUUAUGCAAAUACAAAAUAAUGAAAAUGGACAUAAUAAUAAUGAUGAAAAUAACCAUGUAGGAGGUGAUUUAACCACAUCAAUUAUUUGUGAAUAUUCUCGACGUGAUAUUGAUUCAAUUCUUGAUGGAAAUUUUAAAGAAGCUGAUUCAAGUAGUUUUUGGAGAGAAUUACCGCGUGAUCAUGUACCAGAUGGUGUACCAAAGAAUUGUGAAUCAAAUGGAUCAUUAUCAGAUACAGUUUUAAGUUUUCUUCGCUCACAUGUUCUUAUGAAUGGAAAUAUAUAUUCGUCACCACCAUUAGAGAUAGCAUUUCAAAUACCAAAUACAAUUAUAACUCGUCUUGUUACAGAUUCAAUUAAUUAUAAUAAUGAUAAUCAAAUAAUAUUAAUUUAUGCUGGUACACAAGAUGGACAAGUUUUUAAAUUAGUACAAAAGAAAAAAGGAGAAAAAUUUAUUUUAUUAACAUCUUGGAUAUUAGAUGAAAAUAAUAAUGAAAAAUCACCUGUUAGAAAUAUGAUUCUUGCUCAAGAUACAAAGCAAUUGUAUGUAUCAACAGAUAUAGCAAUUUAUCAAUUUUCAGUUAAUCAAUGUAAUCGUUAUAUGCUUUGUGUUGAAUGUGAACGUGAUCCAUUAUGUCAUUAUGAUGUACAAUUAAAUCGAUGUUCAAAUGUUGAUGAACAUAAUCAAAAACUUACUAUUGCUCGUUUACAACCAGAAUCUUGGUGUAAAAAAUCUAUCCAACGACCAAGUAAAAUACUUCAAUUAACAAGAAAAAAAGGUGAAACUGUUUGGUUACAAUGUGAUGUUAAUGAGCAUUUACGUUCAUCUAUUGAAUGGCGUUGGAAUGGUCGAAAUAUUCAAGAUACAUUAUUUAAUAAUUUUCUUUUAACAAAAGAACAAAAUUUAAUUAUUAUUAAUAUGAAUAUAACACUUAACGGUCAAUAUACUUGUUUUAUUGGUCAUCAACCAAUUGUUUCAUAUUCACUUGAAACAGAUAGAAAUUCAUUUGCGUAUGGAGAUGUUGCGUCGACGAUCACAAAUUUAUCUCGACGUAAUGGUGAAUGUAACUGUUUAACAGCUGAAAAAUAUAUUGAAAAAUACAAUGAUUGGUGUAAAGAAUUCGAAAAUUAUCAACGUGCUUAUAAUGAAUGGGAAAUUUUACGAGAUCAAAGCUGUCCUAAGCCUUAA